AUGGCUCCGAAAUCCAUCUUAGUCACUGACGCCUCCGGAUACAUUGGCGGCACCUUUCUCGCCACACUCUUGGACGGAAGUAAUGACUGGGUCAACGAUUACCACAUCUCCGUGCUUGUGAGAACAAAGGACCAGGCCGAUUUCGCCCGCGCCAAAAAUAUCACGCCCGUGUUGUUUGAGACUUUUGACGACUCAGAGCUUCUGACCAAGAUCGGCCAAGACUUUGACAGCAUGUAUAGCCUCAAACAAUCCUACGAUCGGCCGGUGACGGGUAAGUUUAUCGACAAUCGGGUCAAAUCAGACGAGGAAGAUAUGUACUCGUACGAAAAGUACCGCGAAUCGUUCGAGCUCUAUCCUCAGAGGACUACAGAUAUCACUAUUGUCGAGCAUGGCGAGAGAGCGGGCGUGUCCACGUACAUUGUCAUCCCCCCUAUAAUUCACGGCACAGGCCGCGGGGAGUUCAACAAGUUCACCUUUCAGCUCCCCGUCAUGGUGAAUGCUGCAAAGAAGUGUGGCUAUGUGGGUAUGAUUGGCGAGGGGACGUCAAUUUACAACCACGUUCAUGUUGAGGACAUUGCCAGCUUGUUGAACACCCUUCUAGCCAGGAUCCAUGACGGACAGGAGAUUCCCAGUGGCAAAAGGGGCAUUUAUUUCUUCUUGAAGGAGCGAGGCGUGAUUGAAUCCGAUGAGGUCAAAUCACUUGAUUUGCCAGCGGUUGCCGAUCUUUACAUGCCUGGCCUACCUCAUACCUUGGUAGAAUUGCCAUUUGCGGGAAACUCACGUACCAAGGCCGUUCUGGGCCGCAAGCUCGGAUGGAGCCCGAAGCAUACUGGGUCUUGGACGAGUAACUUGAGGCAGGAAGUUGACGAUUACUUGGCGUUUGCAGCGGCGAAGGAGCCAGUGCUUUAG